CUCGGAGGGCCACAAAAAUAGAAGUAAUAUUAUGUAUUUACCAGGCAUGUUGUGCCAUCUUGUAGCACUAUCCACUAUGUUACCUCCAUUUGUUGUAAAAUUGCUCUACAUAUCAAAUACGACUAGAAAGAAAUUUGACUUUUUAAUUUAAUGUUUUGAAAUUGGGCCUCUGACUCUUUAAGAAACUCCUGCUCUGUCUGAAACUCUGCCUUCAGAAAGUUAUAAUAUUAAUCCUUUUAACGCUUUUUCCAGCUACAACAAUUAGCUUGUAUAUUGACUGAAGCAGCUGCGCAGUGAGACUAAAGGAUUUCUCAAAACAUUCAUGAAAGAGCCAAAGCAACACUCCAGGUAUGUUUUUGAUGGGUAAUAACAUUAUAACAUGAUGUAAAGAUCAAAAAGUCCAUUUUUAUCAUACUUUAAAUAUAGAAAAAUGUUAAAUAAUUUCUUUUCACAAAAUCACCUUCAGUAGCUUUACAUAUCGUUUCAUUUCCACUCCUAAAGCUUUGCACAACACAGAUUUGCCGGUAGAGCAGCACUAGUCUUCUCCUUACAUUCCUCGUGGCACAAUUUCUUUACAUGGUUUAGAUCUUGAUCAUCUUCGGUCCUCGUAUGCGUAGUUCUCUUCAGCUCUCGUCACAGAUCUGUUAUCAGAUUUAUAGGACUGCUGCCAAGGGAAAAGGUUUUUUUCUUUUUGUGGAAGUUCAAAGAGAACCAACAGCUCUCCAGAACCCCCUCCAUACCCAACAGUGGUCUUAAAAAUUUACCCACAUAUUUUAAAAAAUGUGGGUUUUUUCCCUCUAUGCCUCUCAAAAAAUGGAUUUAAUUUUUCAAUGUCUUCCAGAGUGAGGUUAUGUUACUGUAGUUAGCAUAACCUCAGUAAUUAAUCACAAUAAAUACAUUUUUAGCAUCUGUAAUUAUUGCAAUUGAAAAUGAGUUCAUAUUGAGCUGAUUCUCCUACUUGCUACAAAACAUUUCUGGUUUAAACCAGCGUGUCACCCGAUCAGACCAGCUGUUCAAAUGUUCGUGUCACCAAGCAGGUGAGUCGGGUGUUGAAAACUCGCCCUCCAGCAGCCAGACGUUUGGUAUUUUGUUCAGGCAUGUACUGCACACUGUGUUCAUUUGUUUGUUUUUUUUCCUUCCUUUUUUUUUUUUUUUUUACCCAGAGAAGGCGGUGCAACAGUCAACACUUUCCCAUCAGGUUUUUCUCCCAGUGUAACUGAUUUUAUCUGUUCGCCUGCUUUCAGUUCUAAGUGACAACAAGAAAUGGCACAAGAAGUGAACUCUACUUUAAUAAGACACACAUUCGUUCUGUUUAUUACCUGGAACAUGACUGUUUGCUUCAGUUUGUUACCGCUCAUAAAGUCCUGAAAGGAUCCGCUGUUGACUUCAGAUUUUGGGAUGACUGAAACCUCUGGUGAGAUUUUUGCUUUUUAAAGACUGCGUUGAUCCGUUACCGUUUUGAACAUGGCAGGAGGAUCAGCAGCUGACUUGUCACCUACAGCUGUUGUCAAGAUUUUUUCAGCUGGAACAGCUGGCUGCGUGGCUGACCUGGUCACCUUCCCACUGGACACGGCCAAAGUACGACUGCAGGUCCAAGGAGAAUCAAAGGCCCUCCCAAAAGGCCAGAAGGCGGUGUACAGAGGUGUGUUUGGCACCAUCAUCACCAUUGUGAGGACCGAGGGGCCGAGGAAUCUGUACAAUGGGCUCCUGGCGGGGCUGCACCGACAGAUAUGCUUCGCCUCUGUCCGGAUCGGUCUGUACGACACCAUGAAGCAGCUCUACGCCCACGGAGCACAGAAUCCUGGACUCGGGACCCGACUGCUGGCGGGCUCCACCACUGGAGCGAUGGCGGUGGCUUUUGCUCAGCCCACCGAUGUUGUGAAGGUCAGGUUCCAGGCUCAGGUCCACCAGCCGGAGAACGGCUCCGUCAAGAGGUACAGCAGCACCACCGAGGCCUACAGGACCAUCGCCAGGGUGGAGGGUCUCAGAGGGCUCUGGAAAGGGUGUCUGCUAAACAUAGCUCGUAACGCCAUUGUGAACUGCUCUGAGCUGGUGACAUAUGACAUCAUUAAAGAGCAGAUCCUGAAGAACAAACUGAUGACAGACAACAUGCCAUGUCACUUCACUGCCGCGUUCGCCGCAGGUUUCUGCACCACCGUGGUGGCCUCUCCAGUGGACGUGGUGAAAACCCGCUUCAUGAACUCCGUGCCCGGGCAGUACGGCGGCGCCGCCAACUGCGCUCUGACCAUGCUGCUUAAAGAGGGGCCCUUGGCUUUUUACAAAGGCUUCAUGCCGUCGUUUCUUCGCCUGGGGUCCUGGAACAUAGUGAUGUUUGUCAGCUACGAGCAGAUUCAGAGGGCCGUGGUAAGAUUUCAGUGGCGUCUCGCUUCAGAACGGUUUGACUGAGCGAAGCUGUGCAGCUGGAUCUGCAGCAGCGUUGAUAGUGAGCGGUCAAUCCGGACCUCGUACCUCACCAGAGAGGGCAAGCUGCAGGUUUGAUUGGUGAUUAGGCAUAUUUACUUCUUCAAGUUCAGCAGGACAACAACGUGUUCUGAUGUUGUUGUUUUUUUUUGCAUUUUAUACCUCAGACCUCACAAAGAAUUCAGUAAGAGGAAGUUUUAAAAAAAAAAAAACUAAAUUGUACAUUAUGUACAUAAUAAACAGAAGUGUAAAACUGCAAUUUGCUGCUUGGUGUUGGACCAUUUUUUUUUUUUUUUUUUUUUUUUUUGCUAACGAAACUGUUUCAAACUGUUUUUGGAUGUGCAAAAAUAAAAAAGACUAAAGAUAUAA